CGGGACGGGAGGGCUGCCCUGCCCUUUCCCAUUGGCGGUGCGCCUUGUCGCUCAUCUUCCUCCGCCUUUCCCCGUUGGGUGGGGAGGCUGAGGGACCGCCUUCGCACCGCCGCCAUUGGCCGGAAGGGCGAGGGGGGAGCAGGGGAAAAUGGCGGCGGCGAGCGGCGGGGCGCUGUGGCGGCGGCGGCCAGUGGCGGCCCUGAGCCGGGCGGCGCGCUCCAUCUGCGGGCGGGCGGCGGGGGCGGAGCGGCUGGCGGGGCGGCUGCGGGCGCGGCGGAGCGAGGAGGAGGAGAAGAAGAAUCGGGAGGUGAGCGCGGGCGGGCCGGGGGCGUUGCCCCCCUCGCUCCGCGGGGUGCCCGGCAGCGGCCGCCGGGAGCCGUCCUUCCGCCGCCCGCCUCGUCCCCCGCAGGUGCCCGGGAACCCGGCGCGGAGGCGGGCCCGAGAGCUGGCCGCGCUGCAGCUGGUGCACCCCAACGUGUUGGCCAGAGCGCUGAAGCAGGGAGCCGUGUACCAGGACGAGGAGGUGGUGGUGCUCAACAAGCCCUAUGGCCUCCCCGUGCACGGUGGCCCUGGGAUCAAGAACUGUAUCACUGAUGUGCUGCCAAUUUUGGCCAAGAUGCUGAAAAACAUGAGAGCUGAACCUCUGCACCUGUGUCAUCGGCUGGACAAAGAGACCACAGGUGUCAUGGUACUGGCACGGAGCAAGGAGGCAGCAGACAGGAUCCGACUCCUCUUCAAAACUCGCCAAGUGGAGAAGAUAUACUGGGCAAUUAGCGUAGGGCACCCCGACCCCGUUGAGGGCAUUGUGGAAAUCCCCAUGGUAGAGAAGGAGGUACAGAGCCACCAGCCUCACUACAAGAUGACACUGGCUCCAAACUACCGCUUGUCCCCUGAGGAUGGGAAAGUGCUGAAAAUUCGCAAGAAUUGCAGUGCUGAAAGUGCUGUGACACGGUACCGCAUUCUGGCUAGCUCAUCUGCCUGCUCUCUGCUGGAGCUCCAGCCCAUCACAGGAGUGAAGCACCAGAUCCGGGUUCACCUGGCCUAUGGGUUGGGGUGCCCAAUACUGGGGGAUCACAAAUACUCUCACUGGAACAAGCUGGCACCCCAGAAGCUUCCUGAAAUCACCCUGAGGAGGCUGAAGCUGGAGCAGAGCAAGGCUCGCCACCUCCCCCUGCACCUCCAUGCCCACCGCCUCUCCCUGCCACUGGGUGCCAGUGGGGGCAAGUGGAUAGACCUUGAGUGUGAGCCACCUGUCUUCUUUCGCAGGACAUUGAGGAAGCUGGAGUUGGACAUUGAUAAAAACUAGGAUGAGGCUCAUCAGCAGGACAGCACUGGUCCUGUGCAUCUCCGUGUCUCUAGCACAUGGCAGUUCUGGAUCCAGCCUUGCUUGCAGUGAUGUCUGCCUUGCAGCAAGCGGUGUGAUAUGGUCUGUGGUCUCUGCUGCUUGGGAGAAACCUCACCUGAUGGGUAACAGCAUUGCUGGCUUCAGUGUGUGCACUUUUGCCCACCGUCCAGGCCUGAUUUAGAGCAGAAAUGUGGCUAGGUGCACUCAGGAGCCUCUUGUCCAUGCUGAUGAUGCUGUGUAGAAACUGGGCAUCACCCAGUCUGUGUUUUGAACUUGACUCUGCUCAAUAAAGGACCCAUCUCCUGCG